AUGGCGUCAGGAAGCCACAUGCAUAAUCUCACAACCCUCAUCAAGCGGCUGGAAGCCGCGACUUCCCGCCUGGAAGAUAUGGCGAUGUCGCUGGACGACCCCAACUCGCCCAAAACCAUCAGUGCUGUCGCUGCGCCUGAGACGGCCACUCCUGAGACGCCGAAGCCGGCUCCUCCAGCUACCCCCGCGGCUCCCCCCGUGCCGCCACAGAUCCAGGACUUCGACACAAUUAUCCACGAGGAUGUGCGGCCCUUCGUGGAAUUGGGACAGAAGAUCAAUGGACUGGUCGGCGAGCAGUCGAGAGCUGUUCAGCAGGCCUUCGAAGCCGAGCGCACCUACCUCUACGUCUCGACCAAAGCCAAGAAGCCCGACCAGCAGCCCCCGGAGCUCAUGACGGAGCUUCACAAUGCUUCGGACAGCAUCAAUAACAUUCGCGAGUCUAACCGGGCGUCGCAUCUGUUCAACCACCUGAGCGCAGUGGCGGAGGGCAUUGUUGCUCUUGGCUGGUUCUUCGCCAGCAAGCCUGCCGAUUUCGUCACUGAAAUGGUUGGCGGCAUCGAAUACUAUGGCAACAAAGUGCUGAAGGACUACAAGGAGAAGGACCGCACCCACGUCCAAUACAUUCAAGCCUACUACCAGAUCUUCAAAUCGCUCGCCGCCUACCUCAAGAAGCACUACCCCAAGGGUCUGACCUGGAACGACCAGGACGGCAUCGACGCCCAAGAAGCCCUCCGCCAGGUCAAGAGCGGCAGCAGCUCUGCCUCUUCUCCCAGCGAAAGUAGAACCGCACCCCCGCCUCCUCCCCCUCCCCCUGUACCUACUAUCAACGUCUCUGGCGGCAAUGGCGGCGCUCCCCCGCCUCCCCCUCCGCCCCCGGGCGUCCCCCCCCCUCCUUCCAGCGCCCCCGGCUCUAGCCCCGACAUGUCCGCCGUCUUCGACCAACUGAACCGCGGCGACGCGGUCACCUCCGGCCUCCGCAAGGUCGACAAAUCCGAGAUGACGCACAAAAACCCCAGCCUGCGGAGCAGCUCCGUGGUGCCCGAGCGGCCCAGCUCGCAAGGCAGCUCCGUCUCCUCGCCCACGUCGCGGGCCCGGUCGCCGGCGCCGCCCAGCACCAAGCCCAAGCCCGAGAGCAUGCGCUCGCGCAAGCCGCCGCGCAAGGACCUGGAGGGCAACAAGUGGCUCGUCGAGCACUUCGACAACCCGGGCGGCAUCGUCGAGAUCCACGCCCAGCAGAACCAGUCGAUCCUGAUCUCGCGCUGUAACAAGACCAUCAUCAAGGUCAGCAACAAGGCCAACGCCAUCUCCAUCGACAACUGCACCGGCCUGUCCAUCAUCGUCGACUCCCUCGUCAGCAGCCUCGACGUCAUCAAGUCCGCCAAGUUCGCCCUGCAGAUCGACGGCGUCGUCCCUACCCUGCUCCUCGACCAGGUCGACGGCGCCACCGUCUACCUGGGCCAGCAGAGCCUGGCCACCGAGGUCUUCUCCAGCAAGUCCACCGCCAUCAACGUCAUGCUGCCCCCCAAGGAGGGCACCGACGACGACACCAAGGAGUGCCCGCUUCCCGAGCAGAUCAAGUCUUACGUCAAGGAUGGAGUCCUGGUCAGCGAGAUCGUGGAGCACGCGGGUUAGAAUCCUCGCACGCCCAGCUCAAACCUCGUUUCCUUGACGGAUGCGAUAAAUACUCCGCGCUACUCGGGUUCGAUUUGGUAGAUGUAGCAUUGGGGAGAGGCAAGAAGUUCCCUUUCUCCUUUAUUGCCGUAUCUUGUAGAUAGAUUUGCUUCUAUUUAAAUCCAAUCUUUUUUUUUUGGUCUUGAAUAUGCCCUCUUACAUCGUCCGCUUUCCAGACCUUUAUCAUCACAGAAGGAAAGACUACUUACUUCCACGAUAGGCUGCAGGAAG